AUGCAUGUUUUGUUUGCUCGGAAGACUAACACAUGGCUAGAGAUCGCAAGUCAAUUGCUCACUGAGGGCAGUCGGGUUGUUCGUCCACUUAACGAUUCUCAUGGCCAGGUUCGCCUAAUACCAUCUCAAACGCUGGAAGAACGCAGAACAGCAUUCAAUCAGGAGAAAAUUCCAGGUGGUACUCUGAAGAAAACGAGACGAACCAUAAAAAUGUUCUUCCGCGCUGCUGAUUCAUCUGGUCUGCGACUGCGUUCCGACAUUUGGAGCUAUGAGGAAGUAGUGCCAUGGCCUCAAUCCAUGGUUCCCUGUUUGCUUCUGCUCGGUGUGACUGGCGUCGGUCGUAGGAAUUUAAAAGUGCUGUUAGCUAGUUCAGAACCAAAACGGUUUGCCUACCCCCUUUCUGAUACCACUGACCCCACUGCGUCUACAUCACAGUUUCACAUCCUACCCAAGGCUCAAAUGGAAGCCGAUGUUCGCUCAGGUGCCUAUGUGGAAUGGGGUAAAGUCGGCGGUAACUAUUAUGGAAUUCGGUUCUCUGCUAUUCGUAAAAUCAUCGCUUCCGGGAGAACGGCCGUGUUGGAUUGUCAGCCACAAACUGUUCACCUACUUCACCAGCCGGAAUUCAACCCAUGCACGGUCUUUAUCGCAGCGCCCAAUUUUGAAGUUGCGAAACGGAUGAUGAAAGACGGUCUGGAGAACGGGGUGACGAAGAAUAACCGCUCUGAUGAAGAACUACGCUGUUUGAUUGAAGAAUCGCAGACGUUUGCCCGCGACCAUCGCCAUCUGUAUUUCCACAGCCUAACGAACUCCGACAUGCGUGAGACCGUGGCCAGACUGAGUCGUCUGAUCUCUCGCCUUGAACGACACCCAAGUUGGAUACCGUCCGGAUGGGCCUACGAACUGAGUGUACCUGGUGGACCAGUGGGCUCAAACCCUAAUCGCAUGCUUGUGGAUGAGCCGAUUGAGGUAGUAGACAAAUUUGUUAACCUGGGUAGCUGUACCAGUUCCGGUGGUCUCGCGAAAGAUGAUGUUUCUAUCGGGAUUUGGAAGGCCAGAGCAGCUUUUAUACAUCUGCCUCAUCUGUGGCCUCCGAACUUUGUGCCUGGUUCCAGCAGCCUAAGUGCCCUUGGCAUACCAACUCUUCCUCCGGCUCACUCAUCCACAAUCGCUCGAUCAGUUUUGUCCGGAAUAUCCGAAGCUUCAUCCGAAUCUGCCAACCGCUUGGCCCGUCCACCCAGUAUCUGCAGUGAAAGUGUGUUGAGUGAACGGCAGCCCGGCGGUUUGCGUUCCCCAUGCAAUCGACCUAACGCUGCUGCUAGCCCGAUAACGCCCAGACAGCGUUUGUACGAGCGAAGGCGGAAACCACAGCACGAUUUUCAACCCCUGUCACCUGCGAUCCCCGAGCAGGAUACGCCGUCCGAGUCAGGUGUCAGUCAUUCGGUGGUAGGAAAUCGUGUCAUUGAAACACGCCACCAUACAAAAAGAUCGCACUCCGAACAGCCCAGUGCACCAAAACGAUUUGGCGGAAGGGAAUCAGUUCCCUCCAUCGAUCAGAGAAAGCUCUCUUCUGAGUUCACCACACCAAGUGGUGUCAGACAGGCCUUUCCUCCUUCACCUUUCCUUUUCAACUUCGUCACUGAUACGAUCAUUGAGGACUCACUAUCAGCCUCUAAUGCCUGUGGGGUCGAAGGGCUCCAUGGGCCUCCGCUCACAGAUAUCGAGUACGCAGACGACAUAGCUCUUCUGGGAUCUGAUCCCGUUGUAAUGUAA